UAUAAAUAGAUUCCUCGAUCCUCUCUGUUUUCUCAAGAGUGAGAAUCAAAUUCAAGAAAAACCAGCAACUUUUGAAGAAAACAAAAUUCAACUAAUAAUGUCGAUGAUUCCGAGCUUCUUUGGAAACAACAGGCGCGGCAGCAGCAGCAGCAGCUUCUUCGAUCCGUUUUCUCUAGAUGUUUGGGACCCAUUCAAGGACUUUCCCUCAUCUUCUUCUUCGUUUUCCCGAGAAAACUCUGUGAUCGUGAACGCGCGUGUGGACUGGAGGGAGACGCCGGAGGCGCACGUGUUCAAGGCGGACUUACCUGGACUGAAGAAGGAGGAAGUGAAGGUCGAGGUCGAGGACAACAACGUGUUGAAGAUCAGUGGGGAGAGGCACGUGGAGAAGGAGGACAAGAGCGACACGUGGCACCGCGUGGAGAGGUCGAGCGGACAGUUCACGAGGAAGUUUAGGCUGCCGGAGAACGUGAAGAUGGACCAGGUGAAGGCUGCGUUGGAGAACGGAGUCCUGACUGUGACGGUGCCUAAGGUAGAGGCGGAGAAGGCUAGUGUCAGAUCUGUUCAGAUAUCUGGCUGAUUCAAGCAUUCUCUGACCAUGCAUGGUUCCAGUUUUUGUGUGUGUUGUGUGUUUCCUCUUCUGGUUUAACUGAGUGUGUGUCAUGUCCUGUCCAAAGUUGAAGGUGGUCAGUCUGAGAGAUGAUGUAUCUUUUUUUUUUUGUCAACAAUUUUUUUUUUUUGUCAACGAGAGAUGAUGUAUCUAUACUAAAGUAUUGAAUAAAUAUUAUCUUAAAGCCUCC